AACGAACACGGCGUGUGCAUCGGCAACGAAGCCGUCUGGGGCAGAGAGGAGAUCGGCGACGACGAAGCUCUCCUGGGCAUGGACCUCGUCAGGUUUGCACAGGCUGUUUUGGUAAAUGCUACUGAAUUCGGAAUUUAAUUCAAACCCGCUUGGUGUGAGUUAUGUGGGGGAAUACAGUGCUUUCACUUUCAGAAGACACGACUGCCGCUCUAGCCACAGUUAAAAAUGAGUAUUUCUUGGCACAGGCAUUAGAUCUCUGCCAGAAGUUGGGAGCCUGCGAGAGGGAUCAGGUGCUAGAAUAAAAUCUGUCAAGAAAAUCAUCAAAUGUUUCUCUCCCUACUCAGUUUAUACUGAACUGAAAGAAGACCCUUAACUAGAGCACAGCUGGACUUCAGGAGCUAGUGUUUGGGCCUUUUUCUAGAGUCUCUUCUCAUUUCCCGCUUCCCCCAUUUUGUACACGCCUAUUUUUAAGUUUCAGUCUUAGCCACACAUCGACGUGUAAAUAACAAUGGCUUUUUUUGCCUGCCUUACUGGGUGCCAGCGUAACCCUCAUUGACCUACAGGAGUCAGUCAAUUCUUGGCACUGUUCGCCCCCCCCCCCCCCCCCAGUCCAAUACCCACACAGGACUCGGAGGUGUUGCCUAGGAGCCCUCUCCCUGCCUUUCUGUAUUUCCAUUUGGUUGUUUUUCCCCAUGUCAAGGAUGUAUAGGACCCACUUCAAACAAGCCCUUUAGCUGACUUGCUUCUUUCUCUUACCAGAUCAUACAAGCAUCAGGCUUGGACUCGAGAGAGCGGACACAGCUGAAAAGGCUCUUACCGUCAUAGUUGAUUUGCUAGAAAAAUAUGGACAGGGAGGAAACUGUAUGGAGAGCCACAUGGUAUUUACAUACCAUAACAGUUUUCUGAUAGCUGACAGAAAGGAAGCAUGGGUGCUGGAGACAUCAGGAAAAUACUGGGCAGCAGAAAAGGUAGAAGGAGGUGUACGGAAUAUUUCCAACCAGCUCUCCAUCACAACCAAGAUUGACAGAGAACACCCAGAAUUGAAGGAAUAUGCCAAAAGCAAGGGCUGGUGGGAUGGUGAAAAGGAAUUUGAUUUCGCUGCCACAUAUUCUUAUGUAAAUACUGCCAGAAUGACCACAUCCAGAGGCCGAUAUUCUGAAGGCUAUAAACUUCUGAACAAGCACAAAGGAUCUAUCACUUCUGAAAUAAUGAUGGAAAUUCUUCGUGACAAAGAGAGUGGCAUUAAUAUGGAAGGUGGAUUUAUGACAACUGGAAGCAUGGUGUCUGUAUUGCCUCAGGAGCCUAAUCUGCCGUGUAUUCACUUCUUUACCGGAACUCCAGAUCCCGCGAGGUCUAUAUUCAAGCCUUUCAUUUUUGUGCCCCAUAAUACUCAGUUGUUAAAAACUAGCUCCCCUACAUUUGGUCAUAACGAUCCAGUUAAGAAGCAACCACGUUUUCAGAAUAAGCCAGAUCGAAGGCAUGAGCUCUAUAAAAAACAUGAAAGUGCUGCUGUAGUUAUGGAAACUAUCGAGGGCAAAGGUAAAGAGAUGCUGAAGGAGAUACAGGAGUUGGAGAAACAGAAGAUAAGUGAAAUGGAAGCAAUCCUGCAAAACGCAUGUCUUGACGUUAACCAAGUGGUUAACCUUUUUUCACGGUGUGUAGAAGAAGAACUCAAAAUAUAUAGCUAAACCUACUAUUUGAAUGUGGUCAAAUUCAGUUUUAUGAUUAACUUCUCUAAUGACGCGGCUAUAUAGAUUACAUCUUAUUUUCAAUAUACCAGUUAGCAUGGACAGUUUUAAAGAUGCGGAUUCAUGUUCAAGCCAAACAGCUUUUGGUUGUAUGAAGCAACGCUGAAAAGGCUCUUAAGAGCUAGGCAGUGGCAGAAAGCUGUCAGUAGAGAUUGAUUUCAUCAACAAACAGAUGCAAUUAGAAUGUAAUAGCUUACUAAAUUGUGGAACAACGCUAUCUCUAGAUGAAGAACACAAACUCAGAUUUGGAGAACUCGCUUCUAGCGUACACACAUGUAGCUUUUAUAGUCAAGAUAAUGGUAGCAAAUUUCACAUUGCGUGAAUUAAAAUGGCCAUGCUGAAGGACUUUCUAAAAUGUAGAAGCUAUUACUUGCAUGGAAUAAAAAUGAAUUAAGUCGAGCAAGAUUAGUAUUCAGUUGUUUGAUAAAACCGUUCUAAGAUACGUUUCAUAUAUGAACCUUCUACUCCUUCAACAUAAAGUGAGGCUUUGAGUUCAAGAUACAUUAAAACCAAAUCACAGUUAGAAUUUUACCAUUUUGUUGUGAAAUCUGAUUACAUGGAAUUCAACAAUGCAAGCAUGCUGCAAGUUACCACACAAUUUUCACUUCCCUGUUUUCCCCACCCUGAUACCAAAAAAUAAACAUAUUUAUAUACAAUAUGAUUAUUGUCAAAUUAAUUCUGCAAUACACUUUACAACAUCACAUGGGAGUUUUUUAUAAUGUUCUUGAAUUGUUACUUUUUUAGGUCAGGCAAGUAGAAAGGAAGAGGUUGGGGUAUACAGAUAUACGCAUGUACUCAGCAGGACACUUAAAAGGACUUUUAAAAUUUUUUCACUUCAUAUAAAGCCUUUUAACCAUGACUUGUCUUGCUGAAAUUACUAGACUAUGGAUAUACAUAUACAACGAAGUUUGCAGAAUGAGUAAGAAAAUUAAGAGCUUGGCAGAAUUUGUUCUUCCUGACCCUACAAUGAAAGUAGAAGUUAGUUAGGGAUACUGUGUUCAGAUUGACAGCAGGAAAACUGUCAGAAAAGGUUCUUGAACUUUCUAGUUCUAGUGAUCCUAUGCGUACCAAGUGGCAAUAGCAAGUAAGGUUGAGUAGCAGGUAAGACUGAAAGUAAGCCUGAGUUGACUGUGAACCUUUUGUGCCUGUGUUGCCAACAAAAUUUCUUAGAAGUUCAAGAGUACAGGGGACAUUUGUGAAC